CGAGUCGGCGCCCCCGUAGCGAAUGUGUCUGUCGUGUCCGCGUCGUCCGCGACAACAUGGAGGACGAACUCCGGUGCCCGGUCUGUAAGCAGUUGUUCAACAAUCCGGUGUUGCUGCCGUGCUACCACACUCUGUGUCUGAACUGUGCCGUACACCUGCAGCAGAGUGCGUCGUCCGCCCACCAGCCGACCUCACAGCCGCCCUCAGAGACCUCGGACACCGCCCAGAGCACCGAGGGCGCCUCGGCCGACUACCAGGAGGUCGACAAACUCUCCAUACUCAGCGAGACCGACUCCGGAGUCGUCUGCAACAGCAGGCCCAACAGCUAUGUGGGCACGCCGAACAUGCAGGGGCUACUGUUCCCGCCGCUAGCCACGAGCGCGCUGUCCCUGGCCUGCCCCGUGUGUCAGAAAGUGGUGUACUUCGACGAGAACGGCGCCCACAACCUGCCCAAGUACCGCGCCAUGCAGAACAUAGUAGACAAGUACGGUGAGCUGAAGAACCUCACACUCAAGUGUCAGCUGUGUGCAGAACAGCCCGGUCAGGACGCGACCGUACUCUGCGAGCAGUGCGAAGUCCUGUACUGCGACUCCUGCCGCGAGAACUGUCACCCUCCGCGAGGUCCUCUGGCCAAGCACACGCUGCUGGAGCCCUUGGCGGGCAAGGCCAGCCUGCGGACCCGCGGCAAGACCAAGGACCUACAGUGUGCCGAGCACGAGGACGAACCUCUCAGCAUGUACUGCAUGGUGUGCAAGGUGCCGGUGUGUGCCAUCUGUCUCCACGACACCCGCCACACCAGCCACGACGUCCAGGCCAUCAACACCAUGUGCAAGGCUCAAAAGACGGAACUAUCACAGAAUCUGCAACAGUUGUCUGAACGAGCGAGGUCCACCACAGAAUUCAUUCAGCGACUGAAGUCUAUGACAGACAAACUCAAUGAGAACUGUGUGGAGUUUGAGGAGGUUGUCAUAUCUCAGUGUGACGCUCUGAUAGAGGCCAUAGAGGCCCGCAAGCAACAAUUGCUAGAAUACAUACGACAAGACAAAGAGAUAAAGGUGCGAGUGCUGAAGGAGCAGGUGGCAACAUGCACGUGCAAGCUACAACACACCACAGGCCUGCUCCAGUUCUGCAUAGAGGCACUCAAAGAGACGGACUCAGCCGCAUUCUUGCAGGUUGGAUCAAUGCUGAUCAACCGAGUGGCAAAUGUUGACAUAACCUGGCACAAGGAUAUGACAGCUUCACCUCGAGUAUCGUCGCAGUGUGAUCUGACGCUAGAUGACAAGAGCGUUGCACGUGCCAUUGACCAGCUCAACUUCAUACAGAUGAAACCUGCUCGAGAAGGGGAGGAGCGACAGCCUGCAGCUCCCAGUGCCCCCAGUAUCAUCCCGGAGGAGUGUAGUGCCGAGAACAACUCAGUGACUGUAGCCUGGCAGCCUCCUCCCACUUCCUACGUCGAGGGCUACGUCUUGGAGCUGGACGAUGGCAGUGGUGGAGAGUUCAGGGAAGUGUACUGUGGCAAAGAGACGAUCUGUACAGUGGACGGUCUCCAUUUUAACUCCAUGUACAACGCCAGGGUGAAGGCUUUCAACAGCACAGGGGAGGGGGAAUACAGCGAACUAAUCGGACUUCAGACUGCAGAAGUGGCAUGGUUCACGUUCGAUCCGUGUCUGGGAGGGCCAGACCUGAGCUUCUCGGAAGACAACUGCAGCGUGUCGUGUGAAGGCUACGAACAUCGCGUCGCACUGGGGAGUGUGGGUUUCUCCCGAGGUGUUCACUACUGGGAGUUCACUGUUGACCGAUACGACGCAGACACAGACCCCAGCUUCGGUGUCGCCAGGAUAGAUUGCAUCAAGGAUCAAAUGCUUGGCAAGGACGACAAAGGUUGGAGUAUGUACAUAGACAAGCAGAGGUCAUGGUUUAUGCAUGCCAACAUCCAUGACCAGCGUAGUGAGGGUGGGAUACAACCGGGGUCCACAGUUGGUGUUCUGCUGGACUUGGACAGGCAUCAGCUCAGUUUCUAUGUCAACGAGGAACCUCAGGGGCCAAUAGCAUUCCAGGACCUGUACGGCGUGUUUUAUCCUGCAGUCAGUGUAAAUCGUGGUGUGUCUGUCACCCUCCACACUGCACUCGACCCGCCCUCUGAGAGUGACGAUACAUGAGGGUGCCGCAACCUCGUGACGACGCGCGCGAUCGUGCAUCACAGCGAGUAGAAUAUAUAUCUCAAUAUCAGGGCCUCUUCUAUUACAUCUCUAGAUUGUUUAAAUACUAUUUAUUCCAUAAGUAAGUAUGAUUCUAACUGGAAAUUCAUACUUUGAGUUAUAAGAAUAAUUUCUGAGCAUUAUUCUAUAUUGAUGUUUUUGUAAUAUUGUUAGUAUGUUCAAUUUUUAAUUUCCAAUUGCUAUACCAUGAAUCAAGAGAAAGGAAUUUGGAAGAAGGGUAUAUCCCUUCGACUCUAGUCAAGCCUGUAUAGGUUUUUUUUGCAACUUCAUAAGGCAUGAAUUUCAUCCUAAAAGUCAUCUAUCUCACGCAAAGCGUAAGACCAUUUUUUUUCAAACUAAUACAUAAAUAAAUAAUAAAAAAAUAAAUAAAAAACCUGUUAGUAUUGUAAAAAACAACUUUUUAAAAACAAACAUCAAUAAAAGACAACAAUGUUUAAAUACAUAAAGUAGGUUCAUUAUUAAAUUCAAUAACCUGUCAACAAAAUAAAACCAAUAGUAAAAAUAAAAUAAUAAAGUAUAGGCUACAUUUUUCUCUUCUUUUUCUCCGGCACAUGGAAAACUGUCACUGUCUGUUUAUAUUACUGUAAAAUAUUAUAUCUCCUCUAAAGAUCAUCUACCAAAAUUUGUAACAGACUUCAUAGGACAUGAGCUUUCAUCUUAAAGUUCACUUAUCUCACCAAAAGGGUAAUACCAUUUUUCAAACUAAUAAAUAAACUAAACCAGUUAGUAUUAAAAAAAUGAAAUAUUAAAAGUAUUAUGAAAUAUAUAAAGUAAAUGCCUUAUUCAUUCUAAUAGGCUGUCAAAAAAUCAAACCAAUAGUAAAACUAAAAUAUUAAAGUAUAGGUUACAUUUUUUCUCAAUUGGAUAAAAAUAAUUUUCAGCACUCUAAUAUUAUGUAUGUGCAUUAAUGAUAUCAAUAUGCUGGGUUUAUCAUGAGUGUAUUACAUGAAUUAUAUAUUGAUAUGUACUAGUCGAGGCCUUUGGUAAUAAUUAGGCUAAGCCAUUUAGGACAGCUUCACAUAUCCAAUAUCAAGUCAUCCACUAAACAUUGCUUCACUGAAACGGCCCAACUUUGGACACUCAAGUGCUCACCGUGUAGAAAUUUCUUUAUACAAUAUGAGUGUUGCAUUGUUUUACUAGCAGUUCAGAUGUUAAUCUGCAUUUUGUAGUGUAUAGUGAUUUUGUAUUUCACUCCUACAGAUUUAGACUUAUCACUCUGCAUAAAAUGUCCAGUGUUGUACUAUAGUAUGUUUAAGCUAUUUGAUAAAUAAAAUAAGAACACUACAAUGGACAAUGUUUUGCUCACAUAUUUUUGUGCCAUAGUAUGUUUGACUGUUUAAAUUAUUGUAUUGAACAGCAUAAAGCGAUUUCUCUCCCUAAUUUUAUUUUAUAUUUUCCAAAAAUUUUUAAUAAUUUGGAAAUGAUAAAAAUUGUGCAUGAAAUGUUUUUGAUUCCAUGAUCUCUUUCGCUGAAUGGUUUGAAUAUACUAAAAUAUUUUAUAAGUUAUUGUUAAUUUUAGCUGUAGGUAAAUAACUAUGCAAAAUGUGAAGAUGUAUGCCACCUUUUGAGGCCUAUAAAUAAAUGCAUUAAUGUUCAUUUUGUAAAUAAUUAGUAACGCUUGAGUAAUCAGUGUUUUCUGUAGAUAGCAAAAUGUCUGUAACCAGGCAAGAAAUGCGUCCAUGGAGUAAUAAAAUCCUGCCCCCACGUAUCCAGGGAGGUUACAUGUUCAUUGUCUAUGGAAUACACACAUCAAAAUGUCGAAUUUAAAUGUUUUCUUGUAUGAUAAUGUAAAUAUUACAUAGUAUCUGUUGAACCAUUUUUGAAGGUUUGUAUUGUACAGAUUUUGGGGCUGGUGUGUGUGCUUUUUGUAAUUUUUAUUAUAAGUCUGAAAUUAUUAUACCCACGUUGAGAUUGGUGAUUUGUAUUUUUAUAUAAUUAAAUUUAGAGUUUCAGUUAGAAAAAAUGAGAAUGUAAAGCGAGAUUGUAAAUUUAACAACCCCUUUUAACUCUAACCUAAUUAUGUAAAAUAUACAUUGAAGUCCUAUACUGCCGAUUUAGUCCUAAUUUUGUUUAGUUCCUAUUUAAAAGAAUAUUUAUUUUAAUAGAUAAAAUUAAUUAUUACUUGAAACCUGAGAUUUAAAAAAAAGGAAUUAAUUAUGUCUUUUAAUUAAUUAUUAUAUUAUAAGUAUUCUUUCGUAAUAUUUGAGGCUUCUGUUUAAACAAAUGUUGUGAAAUAAAAUAGUCAUAUUGUUGUGUUUACUGUCUAUUUUUAUCAUAACUACAUUAACAAUUCAAAUUUCUAUUUAUAAACUUAAGGACUUAAUUUUUAUUCACAUUUUCUCUUGAGUUAUUACACUGUAAAGUCUGACUUAGAGCUUAAGGAUUUUCUUUUAUAGCAUAGCAAUUUUACAUAAUCAACCAAUAAUAAUAGUAUUGUUAUAGCAUUGCAAGUAAGACUUUUAGCAUAUAGAUUUCUCUUGAAUAUAAAAAUAACUUCCAUGAUAUCGUAAUUCCUCCCAUAAACAUUGUAUUUAAUUAAAUUUAGCUGUUUCAAAUCACUUAAAUAUUUUAUUAGCCUUAAACAAAUUGUAAAUUAUCUACCACUAGAAAUUCUAAAGGAAAGAUAAAUAUUUUAGACCUUGAAAAUCAAAACAUCCAAUAUCCAUAUCUAUACACAAAUUUAAAUAAAAUUCUUUUCUGUUGUGAAAAAAUGUGCAAUCAUUAAACUUUAGAAUCUCUACUGUUCACAAGAAAAUACUUCACCCUUUAGAAACUUGUAUGGUUCAUACCAAACACAGAAAUGUACGCCUGUAAUAAUUUGAGUUCCAGCUGUAGCUUAACUAUAGCUUUAUUAGCUUUAUAGCUGUAGCUUUAUUAUAGCUUUCAAUUUUGAUGCAACGUGUUCCACAAGUUUUUCAAUCAUCUCCAAAGUUAGGAAUUACAUAUUUAUAAAAUUAAAAUCCUAAUUUUCUCUCUCUAUCUAUACUAUAUUCCUGUGAGUCGAGUUUUAUGUAAAAAAAUUAUGAUCUGUCAGUUAAGAGCCCUUUAUAAAAUCUUAAGGACACGAAACUAAGAUCCUGGAGUUGAGUUAAAGGUAGCAAAAGUUUAGAAAUGAGUUUAAAUUUUAUUAAAACAACACUUGUUCAUUUGUUUAACACCUUCGCUGUAAACUAGUCAUAAAUCAACUUUAGAACAGAACUAACAAGUUUCCUUACACAGAGAUUGAGAUACUGUGCAAACAAUCUCUUCAGAUAGAACUAAGAUGGCUGCCCAUCUUUUCUUACACAGAGAUUGAGAGACUGUGUAAAAAAUCUCUUCAGAUAGAACUAAGACGGCUGUCCAUCUUUUCUUACACAGAGAUUGAGAGACUGUGCAAAUAAUUUCUUCAGAUAGAACUAAGCCAGCGGUCCACCUUUCCUUACAAAGAGAUUGUGAAAUUAUGAACUGAGACCUGGUAACUGGUGUGUAGAUAU